UAUAACAUGUGAUCAAGCCACAUCUUUCAGAAGCUCAAAAUUCAAAACCUUUCUCCAAAAUCAAAAUAUUGAUAUACACUUUGCCAGUACUAGUAACAGCAAUGGCAUUGUCGAGAGAUACCACAACACGCUUUUAGAAAUGUACAUGUCAAACAGGAGAAAACUUGAAGAACUAACCUUAUACGAAGGGCUCUCCAUAGUAACUGCCCUAUAUAACGAUACCAAAUAUUCAACUACGAAAUUAAGACCUAGGGAUAUAAUUUUUGGAAAUUCUCAUUCAUUGAACCCGGAGGAUAUAAAUACACAGAAAGCAAAAAUAAUACUAACUGCCAGGGAAAAUAUUGCGUUAGAAGCGAGGACACACAAUCAGAAAAAUGAAAGUCAAAACAAUAAAGAAUAUGAAAACCUCACCAUCAGUGAAGCUUUAGUAAAAGGGAAAGGAAAGCCGACCCCUUACACCAAUAGAUUUAGGCCAAUUAAAAUCCAAAGUCAAACCAGCAAAACUGUAACAGAUGAAAAGGCUAUCAAAAUUCACAAAUUAGAUAUGAAAAGAGCUAACUAAAACAACACUUUAUAUUUUCUUGCAGAAUACUGUGGCUCCUUACGCUGGUAGGGAUGGCCACUUCAGACUUGAGAAUUCAUACCCUGGAUCAGAGUCCGAUCAUUAUAGUUCCGUUAGGACCCGCUAAAAUAAGCACUAGUUCUCAGCGAAUUGUGCACCCCAUAAACUUGACCUCAAUUGGAACAAUUGUAGAAAACUUUAACGCCGUUUCUAUGGAGAGAUUGUCGAAUCAAACGCCUUUUAAGUCAAUAGUUAAAGCAAAAUUAGACAAAAUAAACUUGAGUUACAACCGAAUAAAACCACUACGUAGGAGAAAACGAUGGGAAUCUCUCGGAAAGGCCUGGAAAUACGUAUCGGGAAGCCCUGAUGCAGACGACCUUAAGAUUAUAAAUUCGUCAUUAAAUUCAUUAAUUAGCGAGAAUAACAAGCAAAUAAGAAUCAAUAGUGCUUUCGAUUCACGAAUGAGCAACAUUACAAAAGCAAUUAACGUCAUACUGGAAAAUGAGGAAAAUGUAAUACAUUCCUUAGAGGGCUUUGAUGUAUUAGAAUUAAUAUUCAAAAUUGAUGAGCUAUUAUACUACUUAGACAUAAUCGAAGAGGCGAUCACACUAGCGAGACGGAGUAUCCCAAGCAGCCGCAUCAUUCACCUCGACGAAUUGGAAACCAUUCAUCAUUCCCUCAUUAAUGACGGUUUCGGGCUUAACUCGGUCGAUAGCAUACUUAGUACUGCCAAUGCCUACGCAGUAUUAAACAACGAAAUUUUCAUGUACAUACUGAAGAUACCCAGGAUCAAAAAUGUACAGUACACCCUCAACUUCAUUGAACCAGUCAUUGUAGAUCACCACAGAGUCCACCUACAAACACAGUUUUAUUUGAAAGGACAGAAAUCAUUCAUGUUAAAAAGCGCUUGUUCCAAAGCCAACGCCAUGUUUAUAUGUUCCUCAACGGAUCUAGAACCUUUGACGGGUUGUAUGCAACAAUUGGUCUCCGGAAAUACAGCAGAGUGUCCCAUAGAACGCACCUACGGAAACAAAACUAUUCGGAAAAUCAAUGAUGGCAAUAUAGUCGUCAAUGCAAUCAAGGUAACACUUUCGUCAAACUGUUCAGUCACCCAACGCACUCUACAGGGGUCGUUCCUAAUCCAAUACUCAAACUGUACACUGAAAUUGGAUGACGAGGAAUAUGUCAACACAAACAUGGAGAUACAGCCGUUCAUACCUACCACGGGAUUGAAGCCGAAAACCUCCAUUGGAAACUUCAUUUCCUGGGAUGGAUAGCAUCCGUAAUCUCAUCAACUUUACUAAUCUGCAUACUGGGUUCAUCCAUAAUCAUCGUUUUGAAAUUCGCCGCCUGGAAGACACUCCUUACCAACAGCAAACCAGAAGUCAUCGAACAGGAUACCAUCGCAUCAACCGAGGCCCAUCCCGAGUCCAGAGAGGUACCGCUGAUACUUCAGCAGUAGACGAAAGCCGAGGACGUCUUUCAGCUAAGGGGGAAGCCGUUACGGAACCGUUUGGUACAUCACGCCACUCGGGUCCGCCAACCUACGGUCGACAACGUGGAGCGUGCAGCGUCAGCAGUAUGCAGUCAUAAGAGGGCCGCGAGCGCAUGGCUCGCCCUCUUUUUCGCUGUGCAGUUCUUGUGGAGCACCGGUGGUGCCGUGUGAUUAGUGAUAAGUGAAUAAAUUGUUGAAAGUAGUUAGUUUUUAAGUUCCCAUAAGUUUAGGUACAGUAAUUUACAUUUAAUGCGACAUUUUUCUAAUUGGACAGACCUGUAUGCGACACGUUUAGUUAGACAUUUUUUGUAAACAUCGAGUUCGGGCCCAAAUUAUGGCCCCACAUUGAAAUUCGCCGCCAGACGUCGACGCUGUACCACUCUCAUCCUCAAUGUCCAAUUACAGGUCAAAUCGCCUCCAAUGCGACACUGAGUGGAUCCUCGGCAUGUCGCAUUAAAUGUAAAUUACUGUAUCAGUUUUCCAAACCAAAAGCUUUCAUUUAUGAUUCCUACAAUUUCAGAAGUUUAUAAAUUUUAAUUGCAAUCGCAAAAAAGACUAACAAACAUUAAAUGUCCACUUGCAAAUCUGGCAACUCUGUCUGGAAGUCCGUGAGGUAAAACGUCAU